UACCGCGAUGGUGUUCACACUCGGAACGUUGUUUGAGGCUCUCCUGCUGCUCGUGAAUGCCGUAGCCAUACUGAACGAGGAGAGGUUUCUGGCAAAAGUGGGUUGGGGGAAGGACUACCGUAAUGAGGGGUUUGGAGGGCAGAGUGGGGCCAAGGUUCAGCUGGUAAACCUCAUCACUUCAGUACAGACACUCCUCAGAGUUCCCCUGGUUGCAAUAAAUAUCCUGGUCAUCGUUUAUGAACUCAUCUUGGGCUAGACUUGUAUAAUAAUUCAAUGAAUUUUUUAUCUGAGUCUACAUAGUUUGUUGAAUGUGCAACGCCCGAUGCUUAACCUCAAGUUUACCUAGCCUC